GAAGGGGCCAUUCCCAAACUGUUCCCACAAAGUUGGGAGCAUGAAAUUUGUCCGAAAUAUCUUGCUAUUGACAGUUGGUGACUUCUGCACACUUCAACAUGCGCUGACCCCGCUCUGUCGUUUUACUUGGCCUACCACUUUGUGGCUGAGUUGCUGUUCUUCCCAGUUGCUUCCACUUUGUUAUAAUACCAUUAACAGUUGAUCGUGGAAUAUUUAGUAACAAGGAAAUUUCACAGAUGGACUUAUUGCACAGGUGGCAACCUAUCACGGUACCACGCUCGAAUUCACUGAGCUCCUGACAGCGACCCAU